GUACAAAAUUCAAUUUUCAUUAUAAAUUAUUUUGAUUUUUAUUUCAAUAAUUUCUGACGAUGAAGACAUACAGCCGUAGAAAGUUUGAGCAUAAGUUAAUUGAGAAUGUACACGAGUUUUGUCGCUUGUGUUUACAAAAUAUUAGGGAUAUGGAGACUGUUGCUUUAUUUACAAGUGAAAAUGAUAAUUCGUACCCACCUUUGACAACGAAAAUAAUGAUUUUCACAGGAUUAGAGAUAGUAAAUGAAGAAUGUCUUCCAAAUGUAAUCUGCAAGGAGUGUAACAAUAAUAUAAAUAAUUUUUAUGCAUUUAGAAGGAAAUGUGGAGUAGUGUAUCAGACAUUUAAGUCACAUUUGUUGGCUUCAAAGGAAGCAGUCUCCAGUAAUUGUGCAACAGGAACAAUCGCACAAGGCGAGCCAGUGGUUGUAGCGUCGGAGUGUCAAGAAGACAAAAUCUUACUUACUUUUGUUGCAGACAAACCAUUAGUAGUAAAUACAUUAGAAAAUACUCAAAAUGGUAAUUCAAAUGAAAUAGUGGCUGGAACUGAAGAUAAAGCUACCAUACCAGAAGUAUCAAACUUUUUGAAAGAUGUUUUAUUAGAAUUAGGUAUAAUUAGAAAGAAUGGUGACCAUUGUCUACAGAGCGAUUUCUUGGGCAGUACCAUAGAGUUGGAGACAGCAGAUGGGUGCCAAAUGACAUUAGAAUUAGCAGAAAUUGGAAAUAUGGACAAAAAUAUCAUCAUAAACGAGCAGACAUGUGACAGUACCCAAGAUCAAGUCGGUUCUGAAGUCAAACGGAAACGGAUAAGCGGUGUCGCAGUGUGUCGCAUAUGCGGAAAGAAGUUCGCGUCGGGCGGCGUGCUGCGUCGCCAUGCGCGCGUCCAUAGCGGCGAGCGGCCGUUCGCGUGCCGCACAUGCCCGCGACGCUUCGGACAGAGGGAGGUGUUGCGACGACACGAGUUGGUGCAUCUGGACAAACGUCCAUUCGCAUGCGAGCACUGUCCGAAGAGUUUCACGCAGCGCGGCGCGCUCGAGACGCACCGCCGCUCGCACGCCCCGCCCACGUCGCGACCGCUCGCGCUGCACCGCUGUAUCGUCUGCCCCAAGUUCUUCCUACAUGCCUCAGGGUUAAGUCGUCACAUGCGCGCGCACAAUGGGCAGCCGCCAGCUCAGUGCGACGCGUGCGGGCGCGCCUUCCGCAGCCGGGACUCGCUACGGCGUCACGUCACAGCCGUGCACUCUAAGCGCAAACCAGAGAUCACACAAAUAUCUACAAUAAAAAAUGAAUCGCAGGACACACAAACGGCUACAAUAAAAAACGAACUUCGGGACACACAAACAAACAUAAAUAAAGAAGUCUACAUAUUACCACAGAAUAGAUAAUA